ACACACUUAGGGGUGGGAUUAGACAAUGACGUCAUAACAUGGCGGAUCUGUGGGGCACACUCAUUGGGUCAAUAUUUCUUUUAUCUCGUUAUUUAGACACUAAGCAGAUAAACUAGAAAUAGGGCGUGCGUUCAUGUGAUUUCAGUCUCUGGUAAUCCACAAAUUUGAGGCUCAGCAGUUACCUAUCUAACGCUAGGCAACGCUCAUUUGACUAAACCCUGUCCACCGGAGAGCUCCGAGUUGGCUGGAAGCUUCCACAAGCCGGAAGAACACAACCAACGAGGAGGGGAUGGAGAUAGACUGCCAGCCCGAGGAAUCCAUUGUCUCUUCAUUUGAUGAGGACUGCGUUGUGCUUGGUGAUGUCAAAGACAUGAUGUUGGAGGCAGAAGCAGUGGUCAAUGACGUACUUUUUGCCGUUGCUGAAAUGCAUGUGUCACAAAGUCUCAACAGCAUGUCCGAUGUGGCCUACAUAAACGUAGAAACAAGAGAGGGGAACCGGUAUUGUCUGGAGCUCACAGAGGCAGGACUAAGGGUGGUGGGCUACGCCUUCGAUCAAGUGGACGAGGAUUUGAACACCCAGUAUCAUGAGACUGUUUACUCUCUUCUGGACAAGCUAAGUCCAGGUUACAGAGAAGCCUUUGGGAAUGCUUUGCUCCAACGUCUGGAGAGGCUGAAGCAAAACGGACAAUAAGAAUGACCAAGAUUCACCAAGAUGUGACAUCCACCUGCCUAGCUACCACUACAAUAAGGGGUACCCUGCUCUAUCAACUGCAAAAAAAAAUCAUGACUUCAUGUUAGUUGCUCAACUUUAGUGACUGCUAGGGAUUGGUUGGAUGGGGGCUGUUGCAACAUUGUGUUGUCGACGUUACUGGGGAAAGAUCUUCCAGCUUCCGUGUGAUACAAAUUUGUAACUGCGUACAUUGAUUCUGCACCUUUUUGUACUCAUCAAAAUAAUCUGAGAAGGAGACAGCAUGUUAUAGAAUUAUUGAUCAAGUUUCUCUCUCUGCCCUGCUUGCACUACAGCUGACGACCGAGAUCUGCUCAAAUACACCCAACUAGUUUUUAUUCAGCAAGUGUCUGAAAGAACCAAAGCUAUAUUCUUUCAACUCAUACUGCCUUAAUCACCGACUUUAGGUUAGAAAAGUACAAAUAAAAUACAUUGACUUGUCAACUUAUUUUGUAUUGAUGUGAAAUAAGGUAUUUUGUGGGGCUGACAUUUCACAUGAAAGUUCUUCGAAAAGUUUAAGAUAGCUAGCACUGUAUACAAUACCAAUUGUGUUUGGAUAUUACUUCUCCAUACUGCAUUGAAACUCAAGCUUGCUUUUCAAGCUUUUACUGUAGAGCUGCUUUAAAAAUCUUCGUUUAUUGUGCAUGUGACCUGGUUCCUAAGUCAGUGUUAUAAAAUUUUAAGAAAACUUAUUUCUUUUGCAAUCUUACUGGAAUUCUUUUCUGCUGGCCUUCGCUCGGACCAAUAAAUUCUCAGAAUGA